CAAACGAAACGAGUCAAUAAAACGUGUUCUCAUGUCGGUCGGCAUCAGCGGUUCGCUGUUGUAAUAUUUGCAUGAUUUUUUUGCAAUUACGAUUCUAUUGUGAAUUUGCGUUAAAGUUUCUGAAAUUCAUGUGGAAAGUGGAAGAUUAGAUCAGUUAUGGCACCAACAACAAUGCUUCCAAAGCUAUCAGAUGCCACUCAAACGAUAUCAUUUUCUGAUGGCGAUGGUGUCUGUAGUUCGGAGGUGUACUCCACUAAUGUGCUGGUGAACACCAAUGCCGGCAACCAUGACCACGGCAGCUCUAAGGUGAAGCUGAAGAACCUGGUGGACUAUAACUGGGAGCCCAAGUUCUAUGCUGGACAGAUCCUCGCCAUACACACCAGCGGAAAGUACUUGGCAUAUUCUAUUAAAGCUCCGAACGCAGUGAACCCGGGCACAUGGAGCGGCAUGGUCCGCGUCGUGUACACGCCCGAGCCCGGCACCGACCGGCGCGCGCUCAUCAAGGGCAUGAAGGGAGAGGUGCAAGAUUUAGCUUUUGCUCACAUACAAAACCAAGUCAUUCUGGCAUCCAUUGACGAGCAAGGCAACUUUUAUGUGCACGAGAUUGAAGUUACAGAUAGUGGAUUGAGAUGCACGCUGCUGAGCGAGGUGCAGGAGGACAGCGGCGCGGCGGGCAGCUCGCACCGCGUGGUGUGGUGCCCCUACAUACCCGACGACGACGAGGAGACCUCGGACGACGACGUGGCCCGGCUGCUGCUCACCACCAACGAUCAUAUCGCGCGCAUCUGGAACACGCGCUCGCUGUCGGGCAGCAGCAGCGUGUCGGGGCGCGCGGCGGGCGCCAUGUGCGCGGCGGAGCACGCGGCCGCCAUCCUGGACGCCGCCUUCUCGCCCGACGGCAGCGCGCUCGCCACCGCCUCCGCUGACGGAUACGUCAUGUUCUUCCAGGUUUACGUACUGACGGACAGCAGCCCACGUUGCCUGCACAAAUGGCAGCCGCAUGGCGGCAAGCCCCUCAGCUGUCUGUUCUUUCUAGACAACCACAAGAACUACAACACCGAUGUCCAAUUCUGGAAAUUCGCGGUAACGGGCUCUGAAAACAACACUAACAUCAAGAUCUGGUCAUGCAAGUCCUGGACCUGCCUUCAGACCAUCACAUUCACUCCUGGACUCGGUACCGAGGGUACGCUAGGACUCAAGGCCAUGCUAGACACGAGUGCCAGUUACCUGUUGCUCUCAGACUUCAAGUCGCGGAGUCUGUAUGUGCUGAACAUGGCCCGGGACCCUGAGGACAGUCUGGCGUAUUGUAAGAGCAUCUCGGAAUUCUUGCUGCCUUAUCCAGUGCUGAGCUUCUGUAUUGUGGAUGCGGAGGAGCAGUUGAGUAAGUGCGAGCCAAGCUGUGACGAGCCUUACCACCGAAACGGCUCCAGCGGAGACGCCGACUCGCCCAUCGACUAUGAAAUGCACCAUGAUGAGUCCGGCUCGGUGGGGUCGUGCGGGUCCCUGCGGCGGCGCGUGUGCGUGCGGCUGUACAUCGUGCAGCCCAAGGGCCUGCAGGAGGGCCGCCUGGUGUACUCGCCGCCGCGCCCGCCGCUACACGCGGACCUCAUGCAUGGUGAGAUACACACACACAUACGUCACUCAUACAUACUGUACAUCGUGCAGCCCAAGGGCCUGCAGGAGGGCCGCCUGGUGUACUCGCCGCCGCGCCCGCCGCUACACGCGGACCUCAUGCAUGGUGAGAUACACACACACAUACGUCACUCAUACAUACUGUACAUCGUGCAGCCCAAGGGCCUGCAGGAGGGCCGCCUGGUGUACUCGCCGCCGCGCCCGCCGCUACACGCGGACCUCAUGCAUGGUGAGAUACACACACACAUACGUCACUCAUACAUACUGUACAUCGUGCAGCCCAAGGGCCUGCAGGAGGGCCGCCUGGUGUACUCGCCGCCGCGCCCGCCGCUACACGCGGACCUCAUGCAUGGUGAGAUACACACACACAUACGUCACUCAUACAUACUGUACAUCGUGCAGCCCAAGGGCCUGCAGGAGGGCCGCCUGGUGUACUCGCCGCCGCGCCCGCCGCUACACGCGGACCUCAUGCAUGGUGAGAUACACACACACAUACGUCACUCAUACAUACUGUACAUCGUGCAGCCCAAGGGCCUGCAGGAGGGCCGCCUGGUGUACUCGCCGCCGCGCCCGCCGCUACACGCGGACCUCAUGCAUGGUCUAUCAGAGCUGGCAUUGGAGGACAGCUCGUCCGAGUCCGCGCCGGCCACUAUCGCGUCCAGCAUCCUGCAGCAACAGAGCCAGCAACUCAAGAACCUGCUCAUGAGAUCACAGACGCAGCCCGGCAGCCUGAUUGGCCAGCGACCUGAGUCUCCGACUAUUGCACCACAAUUGAAUCUCAUGACGCCCGAUGCUUUUAGUAACGAAUUCCUCGGUUCCAGUUCUCCUGGCAAGCGCGAGGAGGACGAUCCCCCGCUGUCCGUUACGCCCGACGUCAGUAACAAGCCGCGCAACUCAACUGCAGGUUCGUGUGUGGAGGAGUCCCUGUGCGAGGCGGCCAGCAAGCUGGCGUCAGCCGGCUCCAGCCCCAGCAGGGAGGUGCAGCAGAUCAUGGCGCAUAACGAACAUGCCUUCUUCAAGGAGGAGGAGGCGGCCCCGGCGGAGGGCGCGGAGCUGGCGGCGCCGCUGUUCGCGGGGCCCGAGCCCUACGCGCCGCUCGAGCCCGCCGCGCCCGCGCACAAGCUGCCGCACACCAACAGCGAGACCUGGCCCCAGAUUUCCAUCCCUCAAAUAGCGGAAGCGAACCAGCGCAAAGCGUCGAGCGACAAGUCGAGCAACCAGUCGGGGAACACGUCGCUGAACGCGUCGGGCGCCGAGCGGGACGAGGCGCGCGGCGCGGGGCUCGCGCCCGCCGACAAGACGCGCCUCGAGGCACUCGAGCAUAAACUCGACAAGCUUACUGAAAUGGUGAGCAACCAGAGUCGCGAGCUGCGCAGCCUGCGCGGGGCCGUGACGUCACCGCGCGAGAUGAUCGACGAGGCUUUACAUGCGCACGCGCAGCGGACUGCCGCCGCCGUCGAGAGCGCGCUCGCUGAUGGCUGGGAGCGCAUCUCGCGCGUGGGCGAGGCGGCCAGCGCGCGCGCGGCGCAGGCGGCGGGAGUGGGCGCCGCGCGCGCGCUGGAGCCGCUGGCCGCCGCGCUGCAGAGCGAGCUGGCCACCAAGAUCUCCGCCACCGACCAGCUGCUGCGGGACAACAUCGACAAGCUCGCCACCAGCAAGACGGUGAUGGAGCGUCUGUCGACGUCGAUAGCCAAGUCCCUGUCGGACAUGGUGCGCGAGUCGUUCCGCGACGCGCUGUUCGAGAGCGUCGUGCCCGUCAUGGAGAAGGCGCACGCGCAGAUCUUCCGGCAGAUCAACCAGGCCUUCCAGAACGGGACCAAAGAGUUCGCAGCCAACACAGAGGCAGCAGCGCGUGCAGCAGCCGAGCGGGGCGGAGCGGCCGCCGCCGCCAGCCUGCGCUCAGCGCUGGAGAGGCACUCGGACGCGCUGGCCGCGGCGCGGGCGGCGCCACACCACGUGCUGGCCGACGUGCUGCGGGACACCGCGCACAGUGUCCUGGAGAAGGAGUUGAGUUGGUGGCGUGAGCAGGCGCGCUCGACGGCGCUAGCGUCGCGCGCGCACUCGCCCGCCACGCCCAGUGCGCAUGCGCACGACCGACAGAUGCAGGUCGCCCAGAUCCAGUGCCAGAUCGCGAACGGCGACGUGAACGGCGCGUUCCAGCAGGCGCUGUCGGCGUCGGACCUGGCGCUGGUGAUGUGCGCGUGUCGCGCGGCCGAGCCCGCCGCCGUGUUCGGGCCGCCCUGCAAGCUCAAGCAGCACGUGCUGCUGUCGCUGGUGCAGCAGCUGGCCGCCGACAUGGGCCGCGACACGCAUCUCAAGCACAAGUACCUAGAAGAGGCCGUGAUGAACCUGGACACGUCGAACCCGGUGACCCGCGAGCACCUGCCGGGCGUGGUCCGCGAGCUGCAGAAGCAGCUGGUGUCGUUCCUGGCGGCGUCGCCGUCGCACGCGCUGGCGCGCCAGCUGCGCAUGCUGCUCAUGGCCACCGAGGCGCUGGUCAAGGCGGCCGCCUGACCCAAGCGCUGCGACUGCCGCCGCCACUAGCGCCCGCAGCCCCCCCCGCCCGCAACUAGCCUACUCCGAGCACUACAUCACUAUCGUCUGACUGUUUAGUAUACCAUGUCGCUUCGCAUAUUCCAUUAUAUAACUUAGUGACAAUCAGCCUUAGCUUGAAUCCUGUCUGAAAAAAACUCUUGUAAUUAACGUUUCUUUUUUAAACCGAUAAUAAUUUACUUAUGACACAUUGCCAAAUUACAUCAUCAUAAACUAAAAUAUCCUCAAAACUCAAAAUUAAAGCUAAAAAAAUAACAAAAAAAGAACGUUACGAACGUUAUCCAUCUUUGUCAAUGAAACUGGGAAUAAAUAGGUUAUCCGCUACGUUUGUAAAGAUGUUGCGAUAGUGUAAGCGUCGAAUAACCAUUACUUCAUAAAUAACAGCCAAAAGUUUGCCAAAUUUAUCUCCCAGUUAUGUAAAAAAAUGUAAAACACCCAAUUAUGGACUCUAUUUUCUAUCACACAAGGGACAUUAAUCUAUCCUCUACAUCCUACAAAGUACAUUCCGGUUUCCAUUUAAAAUUCUAUAAAAUUUAAAACCCAAGUUUACAGUUUCAUAAAAGAUCUAAAGGAUAUAGCGGCUGGUGUCUCUUAAGUUAACCAUUCAGAUAGCAUCAUAUAAUUUGCUGUAAGUAAUGCUUGCAUUAUUGCUCAUCACAUCUUACAAACAAUUUAUACUAAUAAGAAUAGACCACAAACAAAACAAACUACACGAAGUACGCAAGUAUAGAGUACAUAGUACAGAGAGCAAAAAGAUUUUGAUGAAUUAAAUCAGAUUUAUGAACAACAGAACAAAA